AUGUCAAUCUUCGGUGAGGCUCUCCCGCACGAGGACGACACUGCGACGUCGCUCAUACGCCGUGAGGGCUUCCCGCCCGCCGGCUCGUACGACCAGAUGCCGCAGGUGUACGUCUGCCCGUGCUGCCGCGCGAUAAACCCCACCCACGACCGUGACCAUCUACUCCGCACCGCGAAGGAGGAGAAGGAGCUGGAGCGGCGCCGGCUGCUGCAGCUGGAUGUAUUUGAGGAGCGCGCGAAGCCACUCAGCAGUGGCGCCCCCCGUCCGCGCCCCACCACCCUCCAACGCGAGCCUGAAGAUAAUCAGCUCGACCAGCCGGCGGUACCGCCGCCACCCAUGACGCUUGAAGAGCUGCGGAAGGUGCGGCCUGGAGCCAACAACACGCGUCUCAUCGUCACGGUACACCACGGGAAGACCAUCAACGUCGACCCCCGCGACCCUGUCUCCGUACUUGUGCGCUGCGGUGCGUUUGAAGGGCAGACGGCAAAGGUGCCGCGGGGCAAGGGUGCCAUUUGCACAUGGGAGGAGCUCUUCGAGUUCCCGUACCCGAACGAAGAGGAGCCGCUUGAGGUGCUCGUCAUCGACGACUCCCUCCCUGCCUCGCAGGACCACGUCUUCGGUGGCGUUGUUGUGCCGCCACACGCACUGCGUAACCGUGCACGGGGUGACGAGGAGGUGCUGCCGGUGUGCGCCGAAGGCGAGAUGCACCGCAUGUACGGCCGUGUCAAGGAGACGCCGAUGGGAUCCAUCGUUGUGUCGUGGUACGUGAAGCAGGAGGGGCAGGAGGCGGAUGAGGCUGUUGACGGAAAGAAACAUCUUGAGGGACCCGUCGACUGUGGUUUUGUCGUUCGCCGUGUGUUCCAGUACACUGACAACGGCACAGUGCCCUUUUCUGGUGGUGUUCUGUGCGUGUUGCGUGACACAGACGACAACUGCUCCGAGUCCACGCUUUACCUACCGGCCGGCGAGGGUGCCAUGUCCACUUCACCGUACUACACAAAAGACGGAUUUAAUUAUCUCCCCGAAAACCGUGGCCAGAUUAUGCAACUCAUCACGGCAAAGAAACUCGGGCACGUUCUCGUGUGUGUUCCCAAGAGCGAUGACGCNAAACCGUGGCCAGAUUAUGCAACUCAUCACGGCAAAGAAACUCGGGCACGUUCUCGUGUGUGUUCCCAAGAGCGAUGA